AUGUCCACAGCUGCAUCGCCCGAGCCGGCGACCCCAAAGCACGAGAAGAAAACCAAGAAGGAAAAGAAGCGUGCUCGCGAGGAAGAGGUCGCGCUAGUUGAGGGCGAGAGAAAGCACAAGAGAUCAAAGAGCAUCACUGCAGAUGCCAUUGCACAAAACAACGACAUCCAUGGCCAGGAUGUGAACAAGGACAAAAAGAAGAAGAAGGAAAAGAAGAAUAAGCACCGACAUGAUGCCGGUGAAGAGGCAGAGGAAGCGCACAAACACAAGGCUGAAAAGAAAAAGAAGAAGCACCACAAGGAACAGACCGAAACACUCACGCAUGCCGAGGUAAAGGCCGAAUUGGGUGAUGACGAACUGAAACCCGAAAAGAAAGACAAGAAAAAGAAGAAGAAACAUGCCGAGGUCGCUGAUGAGGCUGUGGAGACUGUCAUUUCAAAGAAGCCAAAGCCAAGUACGCAACUCACCGAAUCUGAGGACACGGAUGCCAUGGACAUCGACAAGCCGUCAGCUUCGGUAUAUCAGCCACCGGAUAUUCCAGCCGACCCGCAGUUUCCCUUCUUUGAACAAACUGUCUCGCUGUACGAGCCCUUAUACCCUAACGGCUGGGCUCAACCCAUAACCAGCUGCCAAUACCAGCACCUGCAACACCUCCAGAACAAAUACGUUCCCUCACUCCGGGGUGUCUUGCUCAACUACAAAAACGUCGCAUUGGGACCCAGGCCCGGCCGUGACGGUGCUGCUACGGAUGACGAGACGCCAACGACUGUGGUGUCGCAGAACGAAUACGCCGUUGGUUUCGGUUGGAUCACGGCCGAUGUUGAGCUCUUCGUUCCCAGCAGGGGCGCCUGGAUGGAGGGCAGUGUCAACCUGCAGACUGAAGGACACAUUGGCGUGGUUUGUUAUGGCAAGUUCAACGCAUCUGUCGAAGCCAGACGACUGCCGCCGGCUUGGAAAUGGGUAUCCAACGAAUCCCCAGAGGCGCACGGAUUUGAGGAGACGGCCUCUGUCAUCACGGCAGACGACCAUGGCGUGGUCCGCCAGAUCCACAGCACUGGGUUCUGGGUCGACGGUAAUGGAGACAGGGUCAAAGGCAGGGUUCGAUUCAGAAUACGCAACUUUGACGCCGGAACGAGCGGGGAGACGAGCUAUCUGAGUCUGGAGGGCACCAUGCUGGACAAGGACAGUGAAAAGAAGCUGGUCAAGGAAGAGGCGCGCACCGCGCAAAUGAGACGGUACAAGAAGGGCGGUCGCGGAAUCGAACGGCGACGAGCACCCGACUUUAGCAUGACGCGGUUUGUUGAUGUGGAGGUUGACAAGGACGGUCAACAAGCAGAAGCAGAGACUGGUGGUGAAACUACGAAGGAGUCAUAG